ACCAGUGAGGAGACGAGAGAAGAGACCAGUGAGGAGACGAGAGGAGAAACCAGACAGGAAAUGAGAGGAGGAGUAACCAGUGAGGAGCCAACGGCAAACUUGAGUCAGAAUCCGACAGAGACGACAAACACACACAGAAGAGACUCAGAUCAGGAGCAAGGAGGAGGAGAAAUCAACAGUGUUGGAAUAAGCAAGAGAGAGGAGAGGAGACGUACUCGUGCAUUGAAGUUGGGUGUUCUGAAGCCAGAUGCUGAAGAUCAACAAAGGUCAAGUCCCCAGGUGGAGGAAGAGCAGCUGAAGACAGCUGAAGGUGAAAAACUGGAAGGGGCGGGGCUUGUGGCAGAACUGCGUAGGAGGAGGCGGGCCAAGCAGAAGGCUGCAAGGACCCCAAAGGUGGCCGUGGAGGCGCCCGUGGAGGGUCCUGUUGACUCAAUAGAUUUCCUGAAGGCCGCAGCUAAUGGCAAAGUCAAAAUGGUGGAGAAGUUUCUGCAGGACGGGGGAGACCCAAACACUUCUAAUGAGUUCAGGAAAUCAGCGCUACAUCAUGCAGCUCAGGAAGGUCACACUGCUGUGAUACAGAAGCUUCUGGAACAUGGGGUCGAUAUCCAUCUAAAAGACCGGCUGCACAGCACAGCAGUGCACUGGGCGUGUAGGGGAGGCAGUCUGGCUGCCCUGAAACUUCUGCACUUCCACGGAGCGAACCUUAACGCCAGAGACAAGCUCUUUAGUGCUCCUCUGCAUGUGGCCACCAGAACAGGACACUACCAUGUGGUGGAGUACCUCCUCAACAAUAAAGUCAAAAUCAACAGCCGAGACCGGGAGGGAGACACCGCCCUGCAUGAUGCUGUGAGACUCAACCGCUACAAGAUUUCCAAACUGCUUAUCUUGUCCGGAGCAGAUACACGCAUUGCCAAUAUCAAGGGACUGAGGGCUAUGGACCAGUUGAACUCAUGGCAGUCUGACACCCUGGAGACGCUGCAGAGGAUGGAACAGCUCAGAGACCUGUAGAAGAAGACCAUCACACACACACACACACACACACACACACACACACACACACACACACACACACACACACACACACACA